GCCGGGGUCGGUGCGGGGCUGGGGCCGGUCCCGGUCCCGCCAUGGAGGAGCCGAGCUGCGGGGCGCAGUUCCGCGCCGCCGUUCAGGUGAUCCAGGGGCUGCCGCGGAGCGGGGCGUACCGGCCCUCCUACGAGGAGAUGCUGCGCUUCUACAGCUACUACAAGCAGGCGACGGCGGGGUGCUGCCAGGGCCCGCGGCCCGGCUUCUGGGACCCCAUCGGCCGGUACAAGUGGGACGCGUGGCACAGCCUGGGCAGGAUGUCCAAGGAGGAGGCGAUGGCCGCGUACGUGGCGGAGAUGAAGAAGGUGGCCCAGAAGGUCAUCGACACCGUGCCCAUGGACGAGACCACGCAGGAGAUGUUCCGCUACUUCGAGCCGCUCUACGAGGUGAUCCACGACAUGCCCCGGCCCCCUGAGUUCUUCUUCAAGAGGAAAGGGGACAGUCGGGAACAGCCAGACGGCCCCUCCCAGGAUGUGCCAGGGAGCAGCCCGGCCCCGGAGUGCCCCGAGGAUGCCCUGCCCGGGGAGCAGCAGGGCGGGCAGCACGUGCCAGGAGGUGGGCUGGCUCCUGCCCCCGAGGGGCUUGAGGGCAGCCAGGUGACCAGUGACUCCGAGGGGGACAUGUACUGCGACACCCUGGAGCAGGGGGAGCCCGAGAAGGCUGGGGGGCCGCAGGGCCUCACCCCAAAUGGCAUCCAGGCCGGGGCUGAGCCCCUGGAGCCCCAUGGUGCUGGGCAGGGGCUGUGGGGCGAAGGCAGAAGACCCGAGGGGAGCAGCAGCACUGACCUCGUAACCCUGGGCUCCCAGAGAGAUCCCCGGGCCACCGCGGGGGAGCAGGACCUCGGGAACACCGCCGAGCUCAGCCCGGAGCUGGAGGCCCACGUGGCCAGCGCGGUGCAGGCCCUGCAGGAGGAGCUGCGGCGGGUGCGGGAGCGGCUGAGCCGGCUGGAGACGCUCACCUGGGCACAGGGGGACACGGCUGGGACAGACCCCGACCCGGCACUUGCUCCGCAGGUGACGUCCCCGUGGCCCCUGACGGUGUCCCCCCGCACGCUGCUCUUCCUCGCCACCUGGCCCUUCCUCACCCAGUGGCUGCUGCGCCGCUGGCAGGGCAGGAACAGGUGACCAAGAGGUGCCCGCCACGGCCCCGCUGCCACCCCAUCCUACCCCAUCCAUCCCGCUUGGCACCAGCCGGGGGAGCUCCGCGGACCCAUCGCAUCACCAGCCACGGGGGCUCCGCGGGCGGGACCCACCCCGGGCGGGGGAGCCCCCGAGAGCCACCAGCGCCACCACUGUCACUCAGGGCCAGCCCCGAGGGGAGCGGGGCCGGGAUCGCUUGGGAUCCACCCGGGCUCUGGGGGAUCCCAUCCACGCACAGCCGGACCAGCCGCCCGGACACGGCGGGGCGCUGGGGCACCAUCCGAGCCUGCCUCGAUUAAAGUUGCCUUUUCGGUGCA